UCCAAAGAGAAACAAAAGAGUGGACUACUUGUUGGGAGAGAAUGGACUACUUAUUGGAAGAGAAUAACCAGGAUGAUGGCCUAAUCUAGGGGCCAAAAAAAAAAAAAAAAAAAAAAGCAGUAGACUGUGGAUACCUUUUGAGAUGACAAUAGCAAAGGCCUGUGUUUCACAAAGCAAAGCCAAGCCUGCCUUGUCUGACCGCGUUGCCCAAGAGCACAGCUGCGGGCACCCCCCCCCCGCCCUCCCAGCGGGCCUGUGCCGAGGCAGGCCGGGAGACGCGUGUUUCGGCAGGAAUGCUGGGACUGGGAGUUUUUCCGCUCUCCUUCCCGUCUGCCAUGGCCUUGUCCGCGGAGGCAGGAUCCGUCCAUCCCCGGAGGGUGGUGGAAAAAUAAGAAACAAAAUGAAACCUUUCCAAAGAAUCUGUCUGUUUAAGAGCCUGCUUGCCAGUUGCUGUCACAGUCAACUUCACAGCCAUCUUCUCACUCCUGUUGCAAAGAAGAUGGGUUAUGUGGUGGGCCUGCCCAGCUGUGGAUUUUGGAGGCCAAAAUCUUUACUGGACACAGCAAGAUUCACUCUUUCUUUUACCAGCCAGCAAAGGAAAAAACAUCAGGAUUCUCGAGCAUUGUGGCAGCACGAGUCUGUGCAGAAGUAUCUGGAGACUCUAAGCAAGGAAUACCAGCAGGUUAGUCAUCUGUUAAAUGCUGACUCAGUAAAUGACUUUGAGCAAAGAACCCUGAGGAGAAGAUGUGCUGAUCUGGCCCCCAUUGCAGCUGCAUUUCAAGCACUCAAAGAGGCUGAAAGGGAAGUUGAAGAGAUAGAAGCUAUGUGUAGAGAGCUAGACAGCAGAGAUGAGAAACAGCUUCUAGAGCUUGCCUUAGAAGAGAAGGAAACCCUGGAUAUAAAAAUCAAUAUGUUGUGCAGAAAGCUUUUCCAGCUUCUAGUGCCAAAGGAAAAAUAUGAUGGAAGUCAUGUCGUAUUGGAAGUGACAGCUGGCAGAACAACUGGAGGAGACAUCUGCCAACAGUUCACUCAAGAAAUGUUUGAGAUGUACCAGAACUAUGCAGAGUACAAACGUUGGACCUUCGAUAUUGUCAAUUAUACACCUGCUGAGAUAGGUGGGCUGCAUCAUGCCUCUGCUCAUAUUUCGGGGGAUGAUGUCUACAGGCAUCUGAAAUAUGAAGGAGGGACCCACCGAGUCCAGAGGAUCCCUGAGACUGGGCUCUCAUCAAGAAUGCAGCGUAUUCACACUGGGACAAUGUCAGUCAUUGUCCUCCCUCAGCCAGAGGAGGUUGAUAUUAAAGUGGAUCCCAAAGAUUUGCGUAUAGACACGUUCAGGGCCAAAGGAGCAGGAGGGCAACAUGUUAACAGAACUGAUAGUGCUGUGAGAAUUGUACAUCUCCCCACAGGCCUCGCAGUUGAGUGCCAGCAGGAGCGAUCACAGCAGCUGAACAAGGAGAUGGCCCUGAGGACACUGAGAGCAAAGCUGUACCAGCAGGUCAUGGAGAAACAGCUGAGUCAAGAGCAGAGUGCCAGGAAACUGCAGUUGGGAACAAGAGCCCAGUCAGAGAGAAUUCGUACUUACAACUUCACUCAGGACAGAGUCACUGACCACAGGAUCUCAUAUGAUGCACGGAACAUCAAGGAAAUUCUAAGUGGGAGAGAAGCACUGGAUAAGUUAAUCAACAGACUACUGGAGUUUGCAGAGAUAGAGGCUGUCACUGAAUAUCUAGAAAAUUUGCAGGCUUUGGAAAGAGGAGGCUGCUGAAGACCCUGUGUAGAGCUAAAGCAGAACUGUGUUCAGUGGCAAAAUGAAACAGGUACAUUUGUUAUAUGAUAGACUGAUUAAAAUCUAUGCCUGUAUUUUUC